AUGAAAUUAGCUUACUGCUGUUAUGUGUUUUAUAUAAUAGAAAGUGUUUUAUGUAUGAAGCUGAAAUGUAAGAAGAGAAAUAAUGUUUUCUUCUUAAAUAACUAUUCUGUCAAUGUAAUAAAUAUUGUAGAUAAAAAUAGGAAGAAAAGAAUUAUUUCUACUACAGGUUUAUUUAAAAAGGAGAAAAAAGAUGGCAUCUUAAAAAGAAAUAAUAUUAGAAAAAUACAUUUAUACAGUAAUAAAAAGGAGAAAGAAGGAAAUGAUAAUAAUGUUGACAUAAAUGAUGAUAUAUUAGUAAAAAAAAAAAACGAAAAAGAAGUAGAGCAAAGUUUAAUUCCUUUAAAUAUGGACUGGAUCAAAGUAAUGAAUUUGAUAUAUUCUAGUAAAGAGGUGGAUGCAACUACCUUAGCUUUCAAUGCUGCAAUAUCUGCAGUUGAAAAAAAAGGUUGCUUAGUAACUGUUUUAGACUUACUAGAAACGAUGAAAAGAAAAAAUAUAAAACCAGACUUAGUGUCUUAUAAAUUAAUUCUAAGUCUGUGUGAGAAAUAUCAUUUAGCUGAAAAUGCUGAAAUAAUUUUUGAGGAAAUGAUAGAAACGGAUAAACUUACUCCUACUUAUGAAAUUUACGCUCUUAUGAUUAGUUGUUUUUCAAAAAUGGGUAAUGGAUUUAAAGCGAUUGAAUUUUUUGAAAAACUUAGAAACGAUCCCUUUGUUGAAGAAAUGAAAAAUAUAAAUAUAAAUAAUGAUAAGGAAAAAUUGGAAAAAUGGAAAGAUGCCUUUGCGCAAAAUGAAUUAGUCGAAGAAGGCACUGAAAUAGAAAAUAGUGGUUAUAAUACACAUUUUAAAGAAAUAAGUCAAAAAAUAAAAAAUACGGAAAAAGCUAGUAGUAAAAUUCAAUAUAGUGAAUAUGCUAAUGUAAUAUUUGCAUGUAAUAUGUCCAAUUUACUUGAACAAGGAAUAAAAUAUUUUGAAGAAUUACUAAACAGUGACAAGUAUUUACCCUCUAUUUUUGUAUAUGAAAAUAUUUUUGAUUUGUUAGGAAAAAAUGGAAACUAUCAGAAAUGUCUAGAGUAUUAUAAUAAAUUAAAAGAUGAUCCUAAUUUAAAAAAAAAUCUGAAUGUUAAUAUUUUAAAUAAUGUAUUAAAAGCCUUAAGUAUUUAUAACAAAAUUAAUAUUAUUGAAGAUAUAUGGAAUAAUGAAUUUGAUGAACUGUUACUAACACCAAAUAGUAUAUCAUAUCAAAUUCUUUUACAAGUAUACGGAAAUAUAGAUGAUUAUGAAAAAUCUUUCAAGUUAUUUAAAGAAAUGCAAGUGAAAAAAUUAUUAAACAAUAAAAACAUUCUACCAUUUUUAUAUACAAUUAAUGCUUUUAAAAAUUGUGGUAUAUAUAAUUAUGCCAUUUACGUCUUAAGGAUCGCCAAAUUAUUAGCAGUCUCAGGGAAUGACUUAUUAAUGCUAUACAACAACACUAUGAUAUCAUGUAUGAAUUCCAAAAAAUAUGAUAUUAUCAUUUCUUUAUAUGCUGAAUUAAUAACCUUGCAAGAAAAAGAAAACGCACUUGAAAUAAAUAUGAAUACACUUAGCUUUGUUCUCCUUGCUUUCAAAGAAUUAAAAAUGCAUGAAGAUUUCACAAAUUUAAAAAAUUUAAUUAUUCAAAAAAAUUACAAAUUAACACCUCUUGGUUCGAAGCUAAUCAAUGAAACUCCCGAUUCAUAA